ACAACUCUUUUGCCCUCCGGCAUGUCUCCCUGGUACAACUCCUUUGCUGUAGUUUAUAUAUGUUUAUUGCUGUAGUUAUAUAAAAAGCCGAAAAUGUCCACAGCAGAGAGAGAAACAUAUGGGACACAACAUCCCAGAGUUACUACUACCCAGGACGAUGUGUCGAUAGCCGAGCAGCAGAUCCAGAGCGGGCAGUAUUACCAUGCGAGACAGUACUAGAAGUUUCUACCAGCCCCUAACAGCUGAUUUCAUGAACUAUCUCAGCUGCUGCGGUGGGAUUCAUUCCUCAGCCUUCUACCGGAUAAACAAGUUCCGUUGAGUUCAUCAGUGAUUCGGGCUCCUACACUAAAACUAGCCUGCAGGCUAAGCUGAAGCUAAUCGUGUUUACAUUACAGCGUGCUGGCUAACACCGAGGCUAACGGCUAGCAGUCGGCAGGGAUGUUCGGUUGUUUGGUCGCCGGUAGGUUGGUGCAGACGGACGCGGUGCAGGUCGCCUCGGACAAGUUCGUGUUCAACCUGCCGGACUUUGAGAACGUGAACCAUGUGGUGGUGUUCAUGCUGGGCACGGUGCCUUUCCCCGACGGCAUGGGCGGCGCCGUGUACUUCUCCUUCCCUGACCCGGCGAGCGGGGUCCCGGUGUGGCAGCUGCUCGGAUUCAUCACCAACGACAAGCCAAGUGCCAUCUUUAAGAUCUCCGGGCUGAAGGCCGGCGAGGGAGGGGCGCACCCGUUCGGCAUGAUGGCCUCCAACACGUCCCCCUCCGUGGCGCAGGUCGGGGUGUCGGUGGAGGCUCUGGAGCAGCUGGUCCAGCAGAUCCCGGUGUCCAGCGCCGCCGUGUCCACCGUGGACUCCUUCCUGCAGUUCACUCAGAAGAUGCUGGACAGUCUGUACAACUUCGCCUCGUCCUUCGCCAUGUCGCAGGCGCAGAUGACGCCGAACCCCACGGAGACCUACAUCCCAUCCAGCUGCGUCCUCAAGUGGUAUGAAAACUUCCAGAGGCGGAUGGCACAGAACCCGAACUUCUGGAAAAAUUAAUGAAAGCAGAGACUCUGGUGGAGGACAUUAAACUCUGACCAAAGAUGAAUCUGCCUGGGAAGUUUCCACCGGUUCACAUAAAAGUGUGCCAGUUGUCAUCCAGCCCCGCUGCUUCGAUUUCUACAGAAUCUCUGAUACUUCAAUUUCUACAGAAUCUCUGAUACUUCAAUUUCUACAGAAAACUGUUUCUAACACGUGGUCACAAUCUGUUGCACCUCUCAGUAUGUUUUGAAUAAAACAAAGAAACCUUCCAACAAAAACCCAA